GGAGUCAUCCAUGUGAUAGAAGAAGAACCAUCAGCGAGUAUCAGCCUUUUAUUCCCGGCAAUUGAUUUUUCACUGAUAGAAAACAAUGAGGACAUCCUGUGGGAGCCGGACAUCAGAGAAACGAACGAACAUCUUGCAGCAAGGGGAGUGAGCUUUAUGAAUUGGUUGUGGACUCGGAAAGAGAAGGAAAUUGCAGUUGUUACCCACAGUGGUUUCCUGUAUCAUACAUUAAAUUCUUUCGGGAAUGAUUGUCAUCCAUCUGUGAAGAAUGAGAUCUCCACACAGUGAGUUCUGCUUGACUAA